AUUUUUUGAUGUAAUUAUUUCAUUCCAAUGGGUGUGUGAGAGGGGGGUUUAUAACCAGCAGGUAUCUUUAUACCUCUGUUGUAACUUCCUUAAUAACUGACGUCAGAGCUGUGUGUGUGUGUGUGUGUGUGUGUGUGUGUGUGUGUGUGUGUGUGUGUGUGUGUGUGUGUGUGUGUGUGUGUGUGUGUGUGUGUGUGUGUGUGUGUGUGUGGUGGGAGGGGAUAGAAGGUCGCCCGUGCGCAUGUGUGUAUGUUCGGGAUCGGCAACCGUGAAACAGAGGUGUGGAGAAACCGAGCAGCACGAGAAAAGCCACCGAGAGAGAGAUGGCGCAGGACCCGACCGGAGCGCAAGGACAGGCGGGGGGGCUCGAGACACAACCCGGAGGAAGCAAAAAAUAAAAUGUAGUAUCAAUAAAACCAGUCUAAAAGGGAAAGAAAAAUAUAUAAUCGGAGGAAAGAAAAUAAUCAACAAAGACAAGAGGAAGAAAACACCAGCCAUAAAAAGGAUACAAAAAACGUCCAUCAACCAGGAUUCAGGAGACAGAACAAACCACCACAACAAACCAACAGACUGGGAGGGAACUUUCCCGCCGUGAGGACUCUGGACUGUUCUGUGGGCAUCUAUCCCUCUCCCAGGUCACAUAGAUGGUCGCCAAGCAUUAUGAACGCGCAACUGUCCAUGGAGAGCCUCGGCGACCUGAGCCAUGAGUCUGUGGCCGGUGCAGGAGAGCUGCUCGUCGGCCACAGCCCACACCCCCGCCCGGGUGGGGGCCGAGGGCUGGCGCACCGCUCCAUGGGCAUGACGAGCCUGCUAGACGGGGGAGAAUACCACUCCCAUCACGGACACAACACUGGACACCCCGGUCAUCACCUGCACCCUGCCAUGAGUAUGUGCGAGACCCCCCCUGGAAUGAGCGCAAGCACCUACACCACCCUCACACCUCUCCAGCCUCCCCUACCCCCCAUCUCCACUGUAGCAGACAAGUUCUCUCAUCAUCACCAUCAUCAUCAUCAUCCACACCACCACCAUCCUCAUCAUCCUCAUAAUCAUCAUCAGCGACUCCCUGGUAAUGUCACCGGCAGCUUUACGUUUAUGAGGGACGAAAGGGGGCUGGCACCGAUCAACAACCUCUACUCCCCAUACCACCACAAAGACGCCCCUGGGAUGGGACAGAGCCUCUCCCCACUGUCUGGCUCUGGCCUGGCCGGCCUACACAGCUCCCAGGCCGGCCUGCCUCCCUAUGCCCACCCCGGGGUCUCCGCCUCCAUGCCGGGGGAGAAGAUGCAGUUGACUCCCGGUGGGUUCGAGGCUCACCACCCCACCAUGCUGGCCAGACACGCCGACCAGCACCUCACCUCCUCGGGGAACAUGCUCCAUAUAAACGGCCUCCAUCACCACCACCCCCAUGCCCACCUCGGAGCCUCGGGGCACGUCCUGGGCCACGGGAACCCCCGGGACAACAACACCCAGAGCCACGCCUCAGGGCCCGGGGUUCAAGUCCAGGGGGUUGGUGGUGGUGGCGGUACCGACGGCAAUUCGACGGGUCAAAUGGAAGAAGUAAACACCAAAGAAGUAGCGCAGAGGAUCACCACAGAGCUGAAGCGUUACUCCAUCCCCCAGGCUAUCUUCGCCCAGAGGGUGUUGUGUCGGUCCCAGGGAACACUGUCAGAUCUGCUCCGGAACCCCAAACCCUGGUCCAAGCUCAAGUCCGGCCGGGAGACCUUCCGCAGGAUGUGGAAGUGGCUGCAGGAGCCUGAGUUCACACGCAUGAGCGCGCUCAGGCUCGCAGGUGAGCGAACCCUCGCGUGUAAGCGCAAGGAGCAGGACCAUGGCCACUGUAAAGUUGGUGGUGACCGUGGCGGCAGCGGUGGCAGCAGCGGCGGAAACCACAGCGACAGCAACCACAGUGGUAAUGGUGGCCACUCCAAGAAGCCUCGGCUGGUGUUUACCGACGUCCAGAGAAGAACACUCCACGCCAUCUUCAAGGAGAAUAAGCGUCCGUCCAAGGAGCUUCAGAUCACCAUCAGCCAGCAGCUGGGCCUGGAGCUGACCACCGUCUCAAAUUUCUUCAUGAACGCACGGCGACGCAGCCUCGACAAGUGGCUCGACGACAACGGAGGCUCCUCCCACUCCGCUAAUUCCUCCGUCUCCACCUGCAGCAAAGCCUGAGGAGGAGGGACUGGAGGGGGAGAGCGGGCACAGUUUUGAGUUGAUUUAACUUGGAAAAAAUAAAUUGCCACGCUGACUUACAAUUUUGAAUGAUGUCAUCUCAGGUAAUCAAGUGUUGAGUUGACUACAUUUUAUAUUAGAUAUGGUGUUAGAAAUUUUUAGUUAGCGUGGAGACUUAUUUUUUUCUAGUUUGAAGCAGUCAAUAUUUUCUACUGUGUAUGUGGAGAGAGACUGACAGACUCAACCUCGGUGGAAAAGCUUUACAAUGUAGAAACCAGGAGAAACUAAGGAAAAUACCUAUAAACAGCGUUUUGACCUUAAAGCCUGUACUAUAACACUGCUAUUUAUAGUGUCCAAAGAAAAAACAAACCAAAGACUUGUUUUGACCUGCUUUAAAAACUCUGUUCUGGCAUUCUACCCAAUCACUGAUCUCACAGCUUUAAUACCUCCUGCCCACUGUCCUUAUCUUUGAUCUGACUGGUCGGUUUGAGGGAGGGCCUCUGGAUGGACGUUUAAUCAGCCUAUCAGCUGUGUGGGUUCUGACCAGUGGACCGAGAUCCUGUGGGACGGUUCAAUCAGCUUUGAGGAGGAAUCUUACAGGUGCCACUGGAAUGUUCAGCAGCCGUUUGGAUUGGUCAGAGUAUCUGUCCGUCAGGUCAAACAGACAUUUGAUUGGUCAAUGCCCCCAAUCCUAUCAGUAACCAUUAGAAGGAUGAAAUAAAUAUUGUUUCUGACCUGGGAUCAGUGAUUAGAGGUGACUUCUACCACCUGCACUGGAAGAGCAGACAGGGGAGGGGGGAAAUUGCCCCAGUAGGAGCUGCUAACCAUGACCCAUAACCCUUGACCCAUUCCGUAGUGCUUUCUUCCUGUACUGUUGAAACAGUAAAAAUGAAAACCAAAGCUUUCUCCACUCCAGGGCAGGUAGCCUAGACUGUAUGCAGUUAUAAUACCAAAUCACUUUGACAGAAUCACAGCAAGAAGUACAACCAAAGAAUAAUGUCUUAUAUUUUGUAGCUGAUGUUGUAAAGAGUAUUUUUAAAGCCCUGAGUGUGACUGUUAACACUCUCCUCUCCUCCUAUCCCUCCAUCUCUCCUAUCUUCCUCUCUCUCCAUCUCUCAGUGGUAGAAAGUCUCCAAUU